ACCCUCAGCUGUUUCUGGUUCGCUGCAGCACCGACUCACUAACUUCAGCUGGUUUCUCAGUCAGAAAUCUCCUCACUGACUGAACCUCACUGUCAGCAACAACCAGUAAAAUGUGUUUCUCUCUGGCUCCUCCCACCACUGCUGAGCUCAGCCAAUGAGAAGGCUCCUCUCUGCACAGCUAGAAGCAGCUUGGUGAUGAUGUUGUUAGUUUUCCUUCUGCUGCAGUGGAUCAUCUCUGUUCAGCUGCUGUCUGACCUGAACUCCUGGAACAUGUUCCUCUACCUCCUGCUCUUCUCUCUCUACAUAGCCAUGGGCUCCAUGAACACCGUCACACAGGAGCAGAGGGAACACGUCGCUGCAGAGGGAAGCCACACCAGUUUGAGCUGCGAAUAUACUGGUUCUAUCUAUAAUGUCCAGUGGUACCGACAGCAGCAGGGAUCCAGACCAGAGUUCCUGCUCUACAUCACAGAGUCGGGAGCGAUCCAUCCAACUCGCUCCGAUUUCUCAGCUGACAUCGAUAAAACUAAGAAAAGAGGAAAUCUGCUGAUCUCCUCUGCUGCAGUGACAGACUCUGCUGUUCCGAUGGGAACCAAUGAGUCGGUUUCAUCUGGGGCAGCAGAACCGAGUCCAGACGAUUCUGGAAGGAAACCCGGUGAAAACCCGACAGCUGCAGCUCCUCCUCCCACAAACCGGGUCGGUGCCGAGCAGCCGAGUCCCGGACCUGGGCUCUGCUCUCUGAACCCGUCUGGAUCAGAACCUCCCUGCUGGGACCGGCUCACCGAUCCAUGGAUCAACAGCGCCAUCAUGUGGAUCCUGAAAGUGAAACCUCUUCCGGUCACAUGA